AUGCCGCCGGCGUCGGCGCUGCCGGAUGAGCUUCUCGAGGAGAUCUUCCUCCGCUUCCUGCCGGACGAGCCCGAGCACCUCGUGCGCGCCUCCCUCGCCUGCAAGCUCUGGCUCGGCCUCCUCUCCAGCGCCCGCUUCCGCGGCCUCUACCGCGACUUCCAUGGAGCUCCCCCCAUGCUGGGAUUCCUUUACAACUGGAUCUUUAACCGCGGCUCCAAGGAGGAUGACCCCGUGGCAAACUUCGUCCCCGCCGCGAAAUUCGGCGCACUCAUCUCCGCCGCCGAUGGCUGGGACCGUGGGUACGCUCCGUGGGACUGCCGCCAUGGCCGCGUCCUCCUUGGGAACUACACGGGGCUCGUCGUUUGGGACCCCAUGACAGGCCGCCGGAUGAAGCUGGAAGCGCCCGUUGGCUAUGUUGGCGCGGCGGUGCUCUGCGCUGUGAGGGGCUGUGACCACCGUGCAUGCCAUGAGGGCCCCUUCCAGGUGGUCUUCAUCGGCCUGGACACGAACGAUGAUGAUGGUGAUUGUGUUGCACAUGCGUAUGUGUCCUCGCCCAUGCCGGCCGAGUGGAGUGACUUGGGCUCUGAUUCUCUUUUUGAUGGAUGGAGCAAGCCGUGCUCUGGUCUUCAUCUUAUUACGGCCGAUCCAUUCAUCGAUUCACUGCCCCCUGUCCACGUCGAAAACGCACUUCACUUCAUGCUUAGGUAUGAUGAUAAGCGUGUAGGGAUUCUUAAGUAUGACUUGAGCUCUAAUUGCUUAUCACUGAUUGAUGCGCCGCUUACCGGGUCGGCCAUUGUUGGUCCUGCUAUCCUCAUGGCAAUGGAGGAUGGCGGCUUGGGGUUGGCACACUUGGACGGGUUAAUCCUCUACUUAUGGUCAAGACAGAUGGGUUCCGACAGAGUUGCGUCAUGGACUCGGCGUGAAGUCAUCGAUCUCAAGGAACUUCUCCCCAUUCAAAAUCCCAGGAAAAGAAUUAGUGUUAUUGGAUCUGUGGAGGGCCAUGAUAUCAUUUUCGUGACCGUGGAUCUUGGCAUCUACGAGAUUAAUUUGAAGACGCUACGGUGGAAGAAGAUAUGGAAGAGAGAGAAAUUUCGCUCUUUGAUUCCGUACAUGAGCUUCUACAAUCGACAAGAAAAGGUGAGGCCCUGCAACACAUUGACAACAUAUGGUUGAAUAUGCUUAAGGGCAGGAGUUCAUUCUCAUCAACAUGAGAAAUGACUAUUUGAAGGCGACAUGGCUCCUGUGAUCGGUGUCAGUAUUUGGCAACUGUUUUAAUGCAGUGGGGCUUGUUUUCUCAUAGUGGUGUUGGAUUUUGUCAAGUUUGGGAUUUUCCCCACGUUACUGGUGUGUGUAAGCAGGCUAAUGAAUUAUCUCGUAAUGAACUUCCAAUUUCUUGCAGCAUCGGUUAUGUGCUUAGUUUUUUAAUCCGCUCGAAAAUGUACCGCAUGGACUAGCUUUGUCUUACCAUUGUAAAAAAUCUACAGUUUGCUUUCGUACC